UGCAUUCAUACCUGCAGCUAUUGGCCAGUCUAAUAAAACUGGAUUAUUACGUGGUAAAUCCAUAAACUUGCCCUCAGGCCGUGUUAGUAAAGAUCAAAACAUUGCAGCGCCCAUAACAGCGGAGCAGAGUCAUGUUUGGAGAAUAGAAACCGAAAACACUUACCUCUGUUGAAGCAGGGGCGGGAAACGAAUCUUAAGAAAGGGGAGGCGUUGAUCAGCUGUGUAUAUAAACAGCGUGUGGGCAGAAACCUUUCAAAGCUGCAGCUGAGCAUCGUUUGUCUACCUGCCGCACUCUCAAGACUUGAACUUUUCCGGAGGACUUUGCUAAAGUGAUCACAAGGACACUUUCAACAUGGAAAUAAACAUCAAAAUGCUGGAUGGGUCUUGCCACACACUGGAGGUGAACCCAGACGACACAGUGGCCUCUCUUAAAAUACGCAUCCAGGAGAAACUGGGAGUUCCUUGCAACACUCAGAAGCUGAUGUUUGUGAACGGCCAGAGCACUCAUCUCAGCGACGACUCAAAGCCCCUCGGCUGGUACAGCCUGCACCGAGGAGCCACCGUGUCCCUGCUGGUGACCCAGCCGGUAAACCAGCCGGUGCAGGUGUUCCUCAAAGACGAGAAGGGGGUGACCACCACCUACGACUUCAUACCGGAAGAGACUGUGAGCCACUUCAAGAGCAGGGUCCAGAGCCAAGAGGGGGUCCCUGUGAGCCAGCAGAAGCUCGUUCACCAAGGCAGAGUGAUGGAUGGAGGGAAACUGUCUGACUACAACGUCACUGAGAAGAGCACCAUCGACCUGGGUCUCCGUCUGAGAGGAGGCUGAGGACACUUCUGGUUACCAGAAAGUGACUAUUCUGCACAUUCCCUUUUUAAAAUCUGAAUGAACAAUAUAUAGCCUUAAAUUCCAUAUUUUAUUUAAUUUAUUUGUAUUUUACUUUGGACAAAUGAAUGCAUUCCUACACGUGUAAAAGUAUCAUGUAUCUUCCAAAAAAAAAAAAAAAAAACCCAAAAAAAACAAUUAAGUUUAUUUAAUUUUGGUUCUGAAUUCUGAAUUUAUUGUUCGUAUUUAUUCCUAAUGUUUCAUUUGAAAUAAGUUGUGUAAAAAAAAGUGCUGAUCAUGCAUUUAGAUUUGUUAUUUUUCAGUUUCACUUGCCACCUGCUCUUUGAUGGUUAAAUCUUGUUUUAGUUUAUCAGAGCAGGGGCGUCCCUCUCUACCUUUAAAAAACUUUUGCCCAGCUCUUCAGAGAGUACCUAGUAACUCCUAGCACUACACAACAAUUCUACUCCUUAAAGAAUUGUCACUAGCACUUAUUGCUGCACUAAUGGCUCUUAUUGCACUAAACCUUGCUCGUUUCCCUUUUUUCUGUAAGUCACUUUGGAUAAAAAAAAUGUAAAUGUAGUUUCAGUGUCAUUUUAUCAAAAUUCUGAGUCACCAUAGGGUGUUGGCUACCUGUAUUUUGAGGAAAUUAAGUGCAAUUGUUUAAAUUUGCUAUUUACACUGUGAUCAUAAUGCAUCCUGUUUCACUGUUUGUCUUUUACAAUAAAACAUUUUUUAAAA